CAACAACAACAACAACAACAACAACAACAACAACAACAAGAGCAACAGCAACAACAACAAGAGCAACAGCAACAACAACAGCAGCAAUAUCAUCAACAACGUACAUUUCAUACCUGGAAAUUUAACAAUAAUCGUGAGGCAGCCAAUAAGCUCAUCGAAGUACAAGAUUUAUCAGGAAGUAUCAUACGAGCAGGAACAACUAUUCCAUCUCCACCACCCCUCAAGUUUCCUUCAGCAUUUUUGUUAGGCCAGCAUUUUAUUUUGGCAGGACCACACAUUACAGCCACUUAUCAGCAAUUUCAAAUCUGGGCAUUAGACAUGACAACUUUUCAGUGGACUAAAAUUGAAGCGGGACAAUUACUGGCACGAGGGUCAUGGUUAAAGGGUCUUCUAUGUGAUUAUUGUAACAAAUUCAUUGUAUUCGGCCAUCCGGAUAGAUCAAUGCAGCAAGAUUAUAGGGACCGUGUACAGAGUUUUACUCACUUUGCAUGUGUGGACAUGGAGAUUUUUGGUAUAUAUAAACCACCGCCAUCUACAUUCAGUGGGUUUGCGCAAGGACUGGGAUUGGCUUUAUUAAAAGAUCCUGUGUUGGCCGACUUGAAGAUUACAUCGACGGAUCAACAACAUAUUUUGGUCAAUUCAGCCGUGUUGUCGCAACGAUGGCCCUCUGUCAAUAGACUAUUGGGACCUAUUCUUUCGCCUAGGGUGGAAAAGAUUGACUUACUAGACAUGGAAAAACGAGAGCUACUGUUCCCGGACACAUACGUUGUACUUGUUGCUUUUUUGCAGUUCAUUUACACAGACCAUCUAGUCACUGCUCAGCAGCAUCAACCACAAAUUUUGACAAGGCUACUGUUUAUUUCAAAUUUAUUCGAUAUACCUCGAUUGAAGGCACUUACUACACAUGCUUUGCAUCAAAUGCUGAACAUCCAGACAGCGGCAAUGAUUUACGAAUCAGCAGCACUUUCCGAUACCGUUUCGUUGCAAAUUCGUGCUCUGAGAGUAAUGAUCAAUGCGAAAAAAAUGAUGCAGAGACAAAAAAUAUUAGAGAGACAAAAUCAGCAGCAAACGAUAUUGAUCCAUGAUAACAAUAGCCAUCAACUGCUGCAGGUGCAACAAAACAGUAGUGCUGAAGCGUCCCUGAAUACGGUGGCCCCUUCUUCUUCUUUAGUCAACUCGAGUGCCAUUUUGCCUACCCCAUCCAAUAGCAACAGACUGAUUCAAGAAUUGAAGCUAACAUCGUCCACUUCAUCCUCAAGAGAAAGUACACGUUCAAAUACUCCAAAUAUUUCACAGACACAAUUUCAACAAUCCAACCAUGCUAGCUAUAUGUUACAACAACAACUGCAGCAGUCGGGAUCGGCGUUUGAUGUCAUGUCGAAUAACCCUGCUGGAACAGCAACAAAGAAUAGUGGUGCCACAAUAAAGCUUCCUAAUUUUCGGAUGAGACAACUAUCGGCAGCUCAGCAAGUUGCUCUCCAAUAUAGUAGUCGUAGCCAUUCUGAACAACACAAUUACGAUCUACAACAUCCAUUCCCUUUAUCGUCCAUAUCACCGUCGCCCAGAGUCACACCCUCUAAUUCAACUUUGUAUUUUCCAAACAGCAGUCCUAAUCACUCUUACACAAUGCCUUCCGCCAGUUCUACUACAGCGGCUGCCCAAGCAAGGUCUCAUGUGUCUUCAUUUUGGAGACAAGCUACAACAAGUAUAUCAGGGGCUAGUCUAAAGAAACCACAUCAUUAAGGUUUGUUCUAACUCUUUGAAAGACGUUAGCAUUACUCAAAAUAGACUUAUUGAUACCACGUAUAAUACCAUCUAUUAAAAUGUAUACGAAAACAUAUCACUUUAUAACGGCUCCAUCUCUCUCGUCCAAAGAGUUGGAGAGUUGAAGACAAAAGAAAAAAAAAAAAAAAAAAAAAAAAAAAAAGAA